UCUCUAAACAGAGCGCUUCGCCCGCCCGCCCGCCUUCCUCCAGCAGCGACCAUUUCUUCCUGUGAGACAGACAGCAGCGCUCUCGUGUUCGGCCGAGCCCUCUUCACACAGGCAUAUGGCGCAUACAGCCUCCUUUCUUUCUUCUAGUUGUGUCCCCACCACUCUUUGAAAAUUCCGCCGAAAAAGAGAAGACGAUUUUCCAAAUCAUUCAGGCCGUUAUCUCACGGCUCCCCACUCUCUCUGCGAGUGUAUAAGCGCUACCCAGAAGGCCUAGGGGAGGCCCUCUACCGCGAGCAGUUCGACUUCAACGCUGAGCCGCCUUGGGAUCCUAGUUGAUAGCGGGAGAGGACCAUCUCCCACGUUGUCCAUUUUGUUGCAUACCCAGAAUACCCCAGCGGCUCAGUAAACUCUCUAUGAUUGUCGGAUUUGCGGAAUACGGUUGAGAUGAAAGGAUUCGUUGAUGCACCAAACUACUUAAUUGAACUACUUGAGUUAGGAACGACCCUUGACGAUGUUAUCGACAACCACGUCUAUGAGCAAAAUCUUGCUGAAAAGAAUGCAUUUGUUGUGGCAGACCUUGGGGCCCUAAUGCGACAGCAUGUUCUGUGGAAGACCACUAUGCCUCUCGUUCGACCCUUCUACCCAGUCAGCUGUAACAGCAGCCCUGUAGUCAUUGAAGUCCUGUCUGCUCUUGGCGUUGGUUUUGUCUGUGCAAAUAAGGCUGAAACCACAUUGGUACUCAAUCAUGAUGUCCCUCCUGAGAACAUCAUCCUGUCUGGAGUUUGCAAGCAGCUUUCACUCAUUAAACACGCGGCCAAGACCGGCAUUAACUAUCUGGUGUGUGAAAACGAGGCAGAGCUUCGCAAAAUUGCCCGUGCCCAUCCUGAGGCUAAGCUUUUGCUUCAAGUCUCUACUGAAGCACAGGUUGAGGAGGCAAGUCUGACCAUUGGUUGCUCCCUAAAGAGCUGUAGACACCUUCUGGAAAUGGCCAAGGAGUUGAGUGUGAAUGUGGUUGGAGUCACGUUCCAGGUACCAGCAUCAUGCAGAGAUCCCCAAGCAUACACCCAUGCACUGUCAGACGCCCGCUGCAUCUUUGACAUGGCAAAGGAACUUGGCUUUGACAUGAAGAUCCUGGAUAUUGGUGGAGGAUUCAGUGGUUCUGAGUUUCAGUUGAAACAGGUACAUUCGAUCGUCAGACCCCUGCUGGAGGCUUAUUUCCCCUCAGUGUCUGGAGUGAGCGUCAUUGCUGAACCAGGACAUUUCUUUGUGUUUUCCUCCUUCACUCUGGCUGUCAAUGUUAUUGGCAAAAAAGCAGUAUACCAGGAUCUCCAUUGCAGCACACAUGGUGAGUCCAAUCAUAUUUGCCCUUUAAGUCUCAGCGCAUGCGCGUUCUACGUCAGAACGCCGGCUCCUGCUUCAGCGGCAUCAUCACACAUGCAUCAUGGCACUCUCAUGAAUGGCAGCGGAGACUGA